CAUACGAUAGUGUUCAGUUCGUAGACAUCAAUCGAUGGAGAAACCACCGAAAUCACCGAUCGUGACAGAAGUGAUAUUUUCGUGUGUUGUUUUGUUCUAAUUAUUGAAUGUAAAAAUCCUGAUACAAAAAUGAUAGAUCGUUUUAAAUCAGUUAUUGCCUUGUGUUUGGUGAUCAUUGCUUCAUUUGACGAAAGUCAAUGCAAAUUGUAUCCCAUUAGCCCAUUUCCGGAUGAGUUGGCCACCGCGAUGUUCCCAAACGAAAGGAUGUCUCUGGACGAUUGUCACUUGCGGUACUAUAAACAUGGAAAACAAGGCUUGGUGGCACCGGCGUUUGGGGAGCCGGCCUAUUUGAGAGAGUUUGCCCACAUGGCCGCGAUAGGAUGGACAAAACCGGACGGUACCAUCAGCUGGAAGUGCGGCGGAUCACUGGUUUGGGAUAAUUAUGUACUCACCGCGGCGCACUGUGUGACGGACAAUGGCAGCUCUCCCGAUGUGGCGCGUUUCGGCGAUAUCAAUAUAUUCAGCGACGAGGACGAUCAGUUUGCGCAGCAGUUGAGGAUUGUGCAAAUUAUCCGGCAUCCAGACCAUAGGUUUUCCACAACCUACAACGAUAUUGCACUACUCAAACUGGAAGCCAAUGUGACGCUACAUCCAACGGUUUCACCUGCAUGUCUCUGGAAGGACGAAGACAUCCGCUUUCCAACUCUUGAAGCUACUGGUUGGGGAGAUACUGGAUUUGCCCAGGAAAGAACCCCAACGUUGCUGAAAGUCACAUUGAAACCUAUCAAUAACUCUGAAUGCCAUGAAAGCUAUGGAACGAGCCUCCGAAGACUACGAGAAGGCAUAAAAAAUCAUCAAAUGUGCGCCGGCGAUGAACGAAUGGACACUUGUCCGGGUGAUUCCGGAGGACCGCUUCAAGUUCGACUGCUCCACAAUGGUAAAAUGACACCGUUUUUGGUCGGCGUAACGUCGUUUGGCUCGGCAUGCGGAAAUGCCAAUCCCGGUGUAUACACGCGCGUGUCAUCUUUCUUUACCUGGAUCGAGGAAACAAUUCGUAAAGAAGAAAAUUUUCCCAUUUCAUGGAACAUGAAUCCGAUUACUUGUGCCCUAAGGUUCGUUCAUUUGAGAGAGUAUGAAGAUGAUCUCAUUCAAUCAAGAUCAGAAGAUUACCUGUCAAUAGAUGGCACCAAGGCACAUAUGACGUUCAAUUAUGGAGAACUAAACCACGUGGUUACCAUUGGUUGGAAAAAUCGGAAUGUUCGUAGAAACAACUGCAGCGGCACAUUGAUCGAAGACGACGUUGUUUUAACCUUAGCCGAAUGUGCAUCUAACGCUGGUAUUGCAGCAAGUUACAUCGAAUUGAAAGACCCUUCAGACCGGAUAGACAUAGCUGAAAUCAGAGUUCAUCCAGCCUAUCGUGCGAACUCUUUGUACAACAACAUUGCGGUUUUAAAGUUAAAAAAACGUGUUAAAUUCAACUCAAAUCGCACACCCGUUUGUAUUUGGUACUCACACAAUAUUCCGUCUCCUCAACUUCAGGUGGCAGGCAUAGGCCGUACAGAUAUCAACAAGCUGAAUUAUGGAGACAUGUUCGACUUUGUCUAUGAUCCUAUGGAAACUUAUCUACUACCUCGUGCAAGCGUCAACACUAACCAAAAUUGUACGAUCCCAAGAGAAUUUCUUCCACGUCUCUCAAACGGCUUAGCCAACGAACAUCUGUGUGUUGGUAAUCCAAUAUUCUUGGUUCCCAAUUCGUGCCGUCUAGUGUAUGGAGCGCCAAUGCAGCUACCGAUGUAUCGCACCGAUCGCUUCUACACGUUUGCCUAUGGUCUGAAUUCUUUUGGGAGAGACUGUGGCUUUGGCGAAGCAGCUGUAUCCACGCGAUUACAUUCUCAUAUGGACUGGCUUAAAACGGUUCUACUGCCGAAUUUUCGUACCGCCAACUCAGUGCAGUUCGUUAAUCCUGACUUGAAGGAAGAUGAUCUCUGUGAUUACGGUGACGAUACUCGUGGAGUUUGUACUCAUUACGAGAGAUGCCCGAAAAUAUGGGAUGAUUUCAAUGCACAGCGUAUCGUACAUUUCUGUUCGUCAUCGCGCAUCGUGUGUUGCCCAAAACGAUUCAUACUGAAGGAACGUCUGACAAGUGAUGAACUAGAUUCCUGUAGUGCAGAGUACAGAAAUCUACAUGCAAAUUACUACGAUAUCCUUCAAACUUCGAGUGCUCCACACAUCGUUACGCUCCUCGGAACUGCAGCUUCCAAUCGCUGCUUGGGGUCUCUCAUCACGAAGAGUAUCGUGGUUACAGCUGCUAGCUGCGUUGCAUUACUCAACAGUCCAAGGCAGGCAGCAAUGGCUGAUGGUAGCAUUGCACAGAUCCGACAAACUACCGUUCAUCCAAACUACGAUCGUAUGCGGGCGGCAAACGACAUAGCUUUAGUGCAACUACAACGACCGAUCGUUCCGACAGCUGAAGUGAUCCCGGCGUGUAUUUGGACGAACCUUACGCAUACCCCACUGCACUUGCGGCUAUAUCGAGAAAACACCGAGGACCCACCACCACAAAUGGUCACCAUGUACAAUACCGACUGCCAACGAGAUUAUACGCAAAAAAUCAGUGCGGAUCAGUUAUGCGUCGAUCAAGUUGUACCUCUAGAUCCACCAAACAGCUGCUACCAUGCCGGUGAUCAAUUGGUAUGGCCUGAACCGGACAACGGAGAAGAUGAUCCAUCGGCUGACGCCACUGCAGCAUCACAUGUCGUUGGGUUCUAUAGCUAUGGCGAACAAUGUUCCAGUAACAACCCUGGCGUAUUCACCAGAAUCUCCUCUUACGUGGAAUGGAUUAGGGAAAAUAUUUGAACGGAAGUACUGUGUUGUCGAACAUUAUUACUUUAUUAGAAUCAAUAUUUCUAGUUAAACUAACAGUAAUAAAAAUGAUAUUCAUCUGACGAUGUAAAAAAUUAUCGAUAGCUAAGUAUAUUGUAUGCAUAAAUUUCAUUCUUGGUAAUACGCGUCGCUUUGUGUCUAUAAGGUCAAGCAAACCAGUAAA